AAAUCGCCUAACCACCACACUCAUAUUAAAUCUUGUAUUAAAAAAAAGUAAUUCAGCUUAAGUAGGCCAUGAAUUCGGCAACAAAGGUUGGUGAAAUAUUUACGGCAGCGGGUCAAGCGUUCAGCCGACUCGGUGAUCUAACAAUGCAAUUGCAUCCAAAUGCCGAAUCUCCGUCCGGUAAAUGGACAGACGAGGAAAUCGACAUGUUGCACUCGUCCAUAAUGCGCUUCUCCGACGAUCUGAGCAAAAUCAGUCUGAGCAUCAAGAGUCGCACCGUCUCGCAAAUACGACAGGCGCUUAAGAAGAAGGCAUUUGAGGAUGCGGGAAUUCCGGCUAAACAGUUGCCCGUACAGCAGGUCCAGCAUGUUAUACAAACGGUGCAGCCAAACAUACAACAACAACAACAAGUCUUCAAAUCACACAUCAUACAACAACAACAACCGCAGCAGCAGCAGCCGCAAGCGAAGCAAAUCAUUUUGCAGCCACAGACAACGACGACAACGACGACAACAACAACGGUGACAAUCAAACAAUUUCAACAAAUGCAACAACAGAAAGCAGUUGCAUUGGCUGCAGCACAAGCAGCGGCAGCUGCUGCCGCCGUUUCCAAUACGCCCACCAUCACAGAGAAUAUAAUCAUACAGCAGCCAACAUCGACGACGGCACAGCAGCAGCAACAAAUUGUGGCGGCAACUUCGGCGACACAACAACAACAGCAAUUGCCACAGAUUUUGGUGCCGGCAACUGUUGCUGUUGUUGUUGGUGGAGAGGAUGUUGUUAGCACCACAUCGACGGCACAAUUAAAAUGUGGUCCGGAUGUCUCGAUGACCCUAAAUCGUAUCAAUGUCCAGGAGAACGAAGUGGAUGUCGAGGAAUGUUUACCCGCUGAGGUUGUUAAACUCGAUUUUGUCAGCGAAGAGGUGGCUGGAUGAAGUCUGCUGAUCGAGGAUUUCUAUUAUUAGUUAUAA